AUCUGCAUCACCAUGUCUCACUUAACAACAAUUACAGAUAUAAUAUUACUAGAAUAAUGAAAGUGCUCUUGGAUCCAGAUCUUCUGCUUUUCCUCUAUAAACAAAACAUGGGGUUCCCCCCUCUACAAUCCCAAAAAACUGCUCACCUGCUCUUUGCUCUCAGCAAUGCCUGCACCCCUAAGAAAUCCCUUACUUCCUCCCAAUAUCUUGACAUUCACCUUACUUUUCUCCUUAAUCUCUCUUUUCUUCUCUUCUUCUGACUCCAUUGAUGUGCAGGGCCAAGCUCUUCUGGCAUGGAAGAACACCUUAAACAGCUCACCAAAUGCACUCCAAUCAUGGAAUUCUUCAGACCAAAGUCCUUGCAACUGGUUUGGGAUACAGUGCAACUCAAAAGGAGAAGUGGUAAAGGUAAACUUGAAAUCGAUAGAUUUGCAAGGCCUAUUAUUGCCUUCAAAUUUUCAACCGCUCAAGUCCUUGAAUACUCUCAUCCUCUCAUCAACCAAUCUCACUGGUACAAUUCCGAUAGAGUUUGGAGAGUAUUUGGAGCUGAAUCAUAUCGAUAUCAGCGAUAAUUUCAUUUCAGGUGAAAUCCCGGCAGAAAUUUGCAGGCUGAGUAAGCUUCAAAAUUUAUCCCUCAAUACAAAUUCUCUUGAAGGAGACAUCCCAUCAGACAUUGGAAAUCUCUCGAGUCUUGUUUAUCUUACGCUCUUCGACAAUCAACUCAAUGGUGUAAUUCCGAAGAGUAUAGGAAACUUGAGCAAUCUUGAAAUCUUCAGAGCUGGUGGGAAUCAGAAUCUUGGUGGUGAGCUGCCUUGGGAGAUUGGAAACUGCACCAACUUGAUCAUUUUAGGCCUCGCCGAAACCUGCAUUUCUGGAAGUCUUCCCUUAUCAAUCGGAAAUCUGAAAAGGAUUCAAACCAUAGCCAUUUAUACAGCUUUAUUAUCAGGUUCCAUCCCAGAAGAGAUUGGGAAUUGCAGUGAGUUGCAGAACAUCUAUUUGUAUCAGAAUUCGAUCUCUGGUCCAAUCCCAACACAUGUAGGGGAGCUGAAAAAGCUUCAGACUCUGUUGUUAUGGCAGAACACCAUAGUUGGCACCAUUCCUUUUGAGCUUGGAAGCUGCAAAGAGCUCACAGUUGUGGAUUUAUCAGAGAAUCUGCUAACAGGAAACAUACCAACAAGUUUUGGAGGCCUUUUGGGGCUUCAAGAGCUUCAGCUGAGUGUCAAUCAGUUAUCAGGUACAAUACCUUCUGAAAUCUCAAAUUGCACAGCUCUGACUCAUUUGGAAGUCGACAACAAUGAAAUUUCUGGAGCGAUUCCUGUUCUAAUAGGCAAAUUAAAGGCCUUGACAAUAUUCUUUGCCUGGCAGAAUAAGCUAACAGGCAAUAUUCCAGAAUCUUUAUCCGAGUGUGAGAAUCUUCAGGCCCUUGAUCUUUCUUACAACAAUCUGUUUGGUUCAAUACCAAAACAGAUUUUUGCACUGCAAAAUCUAACUAAACUGCUGCUUCUUUCCAAUGAUUUGUCUGGCUUUGUACCGUCAAAUGUUGGGAACUGUACAAAUUUGUACAGGUUCCGAGUGAAUGAUAAUAGGUUGGCGGGUACUAUUCCAUUGGAGAUUGGAAAUUUAAAGAGUCUGAAUUUCCUUGACAUGAGCAACAACAGUUUCGUGGGAGGAAUUCCUCCCUCGAUUUCUGGAUGCAUAAACCUCGAGUUCCUCGACCUCCAUUCAAAUGGACUCACUGGUUCUGUGCCAGAUACAAUGCCCAUAAGUCUACAGUUCGUGGAUAUUUCAGAUAAUAGGCUUACAGGUCCACUGUCUCCUAGUGUUGGUUCACUAACAGAAUUAACCAAACUUAAUCUCGGAAAGAAUCAACUUUCUGGGAGAAUUCCAGCAGAGAUCUUAUCAUGCAAUAAGCUGCAAUUGCUAGAUCUCGGAAACAAUGGUUUCUUGGGCAAUAUACCAAAAGAAUUGGCUCAAAUUCCAUCACUCGAAAUCUCUCUCAACCUUAGUUGUAACCAAUUUAGUGGUGAGAUCCCAACUGAGUUUUCGGCUCUCACUAAACUAGGAAUCCUUGACCUCUCCCACAAUAUGCUUACUGGGAAAUUAGAAAUACUUGCUAGGCUUCAAAAUCUUGUCUCCCUCAAUGUGUCCUACAAUGACUUUUCUGGUCAACUGCCUAAUACUCCAUUCUUUCGUAAGCUCCCUCUUGAUGACCUUACCGGAAACCGAGCUCUAUACAUCUCCAGUGGGGUUGUAACUCCGGCUGACAGCAUGGGGCCUUCGGUUCGUGCCAAAUCAAUGUUGAAGCUAACAAUGUCAAUCCUCCUUAGUGCCAGUGCAGUACUAGUUCUUCUGGCCAUUUACAUGUUGGUUAGGACCAGGAUGGCUAAUCAUGGGUCCAUGGAAGGUGACACUUGGAAAAUGACAUUUUAUCAGAAGACACAACUCUCCAUUGAUGACAUAGUCCGCAAUCUAACAUCAGCCAACGUGAUUGGCACCGGAAGCUCAGGAGUCGUAUACAAGGUGACAAUUCCAAAUGGAGAAACACUUGCAGUAAAGAAAAUGUGGUCAUCAGAAGAAUCAGGAGCAUUCAGAUCAGAAAUUCAGACACUGGGUUCAAUCCGACACAAAAAUAUUGUGCGACUUUUGGGGUGGGGUUCGAACCAGACCCUGAAACUGCUUUUCUACGAUUAUCUUCCCAAUGGUAGCUUGAGUUCAGUCCUCCAUGGGGCCGGGAAGGGAGGGGCAGAAUGGGAAGCUAGAUACGAUGUUGUCAUGGGUGUGGCACACGCGCUUGCGUAUUUGCACCAUGAUUGUGUGCCUGCUAUUAUGCAUGGCGAUGUGAAAGCCAUGAACGUUUUGUUGGGUCCUCAAUUGGAACCUUUCCUUGCUGACUUUGGGCUGGCAAGGCUUGUCAAUAGCAACAGUGAUGAUGCUUCGAAUUCAAAGCAGAGUCAGAGACCUCAUCUUGCUGGCUCUUAUGGAUACAUGGCUCCUGAACAUGCUUCAAUGCAACGAAUCACUGAGAAAAGCGAUGUGUACAGCUUUGGCAUCGUACUUUUGGAGGUCCUGACCGGAAGGCAUCCAUUGGACCCGACAUUGCCAGGAGGUGCACAUCUUGUUCAGUGGGUUCGCCAACACUCACAGGGUAAGCGUGACCCAGCUGACAUUCUUGAUCCAAAGCUAAGAGGGAGGGCUGAUCCUCAGAUGCAUGAAAUGCUGCAAACACUAGCUGUUUCAUUUCUCUGCGUGAGCACCCGUCCCGAUGAUCGUCCAAUGAUGAAGGACGUUGUAGCUAUGCUAAAAGAAAUUCGACAAGUCGAUCCAACAAGGUCGGACCCCGACUUGUUGAAGGGGGGUUUGACACCUCUUCCUCCAACACCACCAACUAGAAAUGUGGUUUCACAAGGAUCCUCUAACUGUUCCUUUGAAUUCUCUGAUGAUUCAGUUUAGCUAAGGUUUGAAGGAGAGACUAUGCAUAGUGUUUAUUUGUGAAUAUUCCACAUGAGAAUUCAUUAGAGCAGGGCAGAGGGAUUACAGAAGCGAUUUUGAUGUAACUUCUCGUCUUUCCAUCCUGUAAGAAAGUGUAUUUUCCAGUCAAUCUGGUUGUUGUAGAUUAAAAUAAUUAAUGCAUUAACAAGGAACUGUAGCCAUAAUAAUAGUUUUGAGCCACCGAAGGUUGAAAUUGGUGGUUUUUGAUGACUCUACCAAUGCAGGUGUUGUCUGUG